GUUUUUAUAUGCCGUCGUCCCGCGAGCCCACCCACACACACUCGCAAAAACUAGGGUUUUGUUUCUCGGCCUUCGAUCAAAGAAUCUCUAGCGCGUCACGGCCUUUUGGUGAAUCCGAGCUUCUAAUCAUGCAAUUAACUCUCGAAUUCGGAGGAGGGCUUGAGCUUCUCUGUGAAUCCAUCAAGAUCCACGAGGUUGAUGUGAACCCUAAAUCCGGAGAAGAUAAGUUGAUAAUGAGGGAUUUGUUGGGGUGGAUUAAAGCGAAUAUUAUAAAGGAAAGGCCAGAGAUGUUCAUGAAGGGAGACUCUGUGAGGCCUGGAGUUUUGGUACUUGUGAAUGAUUGUGAUUGGGAGCUAUCUGGUAACCUUGAUACAUCACUGGAAGAGAAGGAUGUGGUGGUUUUCAUUUCUACUUUGCAUGGUGGCUGAUGAUGCUUUUCCAAAAAAGAUUAUUCUAGAUGACUACUACAAUGUUGUAUUUGAAUUUGCUGUAGUUUUGAGAUGGUAUGGAGUAGUCCAUGUUAAUUUUGAUUAGUAAAAUCAUUAAAGCCCCUUCAUGAUGUUUCAA